UUAAACUGUUGUGAGCGUUAGGGGGAGAUAGAGUGCACCAAGCGUUCGGUACGACAGGUAGUUGCACACAGUGGGAAAGUGGAAUCAGAAGCAUACUUAAGUCUCCACGCAUCAGUCACAAUUUCGAUUAGAUUUUUUUUUUAAUACCAAUAAUUCACCAAACGAACGGAAGGGAACAAGAAAAAGCAGUUUAUUAAAACAGUCUGGGAUGAAAUGAGGCUCAAGAAUGGUGCACUAAGACUUCUGACAGUCAUAGUUUUGGGAACUUUACUUUCUUUUUCCUGGUGGUAUACAGUACUCAACGUGAGAGAUAUUGGGGAGGAGGAGGAGGUGCAGUCUCAAUUUCUAGAUCUGCAGAGGAGGCUGCAAAUAGCAGAGGCAGUGAAUCAGAGAGUGUCGCAGGACCUCACCAGUGUUCUGGAAAGCAUCAAACACAUCAUUGCUGAGAAGAGGAGUGCCACUCGCAACCAGACCAAAGAGACCAAGAAAGAUGUCAACAUCACUGGAAACCAUAAAUAUCAUGUAUUGAAUGCCUACUACUACCUGCCUCACCUGGCUCAAAGUGAAAACAGCUUGCGUCCAAAUGUUGCCAUUGGACAAGGGAGAACUAAUGUCUCCCUGGUGCUGGGUAUCCCCACUGUGAAGAGGGAGAAGCAGAACUACCUUAUGGACACGCUGAACUCCCUUUUAUACGAGCUGUCCCAGGAGGAGAGGAGCGAUUGUAUAAUCAUCGUCUUCAUUGCCGAGACAGAUGUGCAGUAUGUUGAUAGCUUAGCAGCCGAUAUAAAAAAGAGCUUCCCCAGUGAGGUACAGUCUGGACUCCUGGAGGUGGUCUCCCCUUCCCCUGGCUUCUACCCCAGUUUCACAGACUUGAAGGAGACAUUUGGGGACACACGAGAAAGAGUAAAGUGGAGAACCAAACAGAACUUGGAUUACAGCUUCCUGAUGCUGUAUGCCCAGGACAAAGGAAGGUUUUAUGUUCAGCUUGAAGAUGAUAUUAUAGCAAGGACUGGCUAUUUUCAAACUAUGAAGAAUGUUGCGCUACAGAAAACAUCGGUGGAGUGGAUGGUUAUGGAGUUUUCACAACUUGGCUUUAUUGGCAAAAUGUUCAAUACUUAUGACCUUCCUCUGAUUGUGGAGUUUAUUUUGAUGUUCUACAAAGACAAGCCUAUCGACUGGUUGCUGGACCAUAUCCUGUGGGUGAAGGCCUGCCAUCCAGAAAAAGAUGCUAAACACUGUGACAGGCAGAAGAGCAGUUUGAGAAUUCGCUACAAGCCAUCUCUGUUUCAACAUGUGGGCACGCACUCCUCGCUGCCUGGAAAAAUUCAGAACCUGAAAGAUAAGGAUUUUGGUAAACAGAUACUGCACAAGGCCCACACCAACCCAUCUGCUGACAUCACCACGAGUCUGACAGCCUAUCAGCAAUUCUCGAUCGAGAAAGCCUACUAUGGGGAGAAUUUCUUCUGGGCUCUCCAACCAGUUUCCGGGGACCACAUCACGAUCUCCUUCCACCCGCCUGUAACAGUAAAAAGUUACCUCUUUCGAAGUGGAAAUAUAGAACACCCAGGAGACAAGUUGUUCAAUACAAGUGUGGAAGUGCAGCCAGCGAACAAAUUACUGCUGGAGAACAUGAAUGAAGGACUGUUGGCCAAAUAUGAACAAACCAAAGAUGGCUAUGUAAGAAUAGGUGCCUUUGUGAAUGGAGUGGCUGAAGGUGAGGUCCCUCCUUUUAUGGAGAAAGUCACAGCCGUUCGCUUGUUUAUCCACUCCAAUUCCCCUGUCUGGGUGCUUCUGAGUGAGAUAUUCAUCAAGACAGACUUGUGAGAAUGGGACAUAGUGUAAGAAAACUACAGCUUCUGGAGUGCCUUUGGUAUAACACCUAAUUCAAAGAAGAAACUGUUAUAGCAACGUCGCCAUCUAGUGGCGAAGCACUUGAGAAGCAUUGAGACACUGUUGAGCACCACUCUACAGUCUGCAGCUCAAGAGUGAGAUCAAAAUGAAAAACUUGAAGGUGGAAAUAAAGCUACCAAUGUAAAAUCCAGUUUGUGAAGGAAGAACAUGAAAAAAUGUAGCAUUUUUAUCCAGAAAUGGCAUAAACUGUUUUAAAUUGCUGUAUAAUUGGGCACUGUGCAAGUAAUAUAAUAUAUCAUACAGUCAGCACUUACAUAUCCUACCCGAUAAAAUUUUGACUUCAAUGAUGGUUAAACGCGUGUGACGCAUAUCUGAUUGUUUAUUUCAUUUUGGCCGGUUUCAGGGAACACUAAAAAUAUACAAUAUCAAAAGUACAUAUCUGAAAGGACUGUAUUUUAAAACAUAAACAUCUGAACAACCGAGUCUAAGGCUGUUCACAAUCAACACAGAUAGUGCGCUUCUCCUCGUCGCCUUUCUGCACAGGGCACAGCUGUCCAAAGUUUUAUUUUUAUUGCACUUGCCAACCUGGCAUUGGCGUCUCUUGCAGCGGGAUUGCCAGCUUCAGCUGUGGGUACACGCUUGGCAGUCCUUGGUAAAUUCUUCUCUGUGCAUUCUUUGUAAAGUACCCAGGAGUUGAUGGCUGCUAGGUCCAAUACCUUUUAAAACACCUGAACAGACCACCGUCGGGAGCCAGCUUUCACAGAAUACUUCCGUGCCAUCUGAUCCAAAACAUCAACUCCAUAUUUUGUUGCGUGUUUAAAACUCCACGGUCUCUGGUAUUUAUUUUCACUAGUCCUGAUGAUGCUAAUUGACUGACCAAAGCAGCGCAGCUGGCAAGCAGGUGCCAGCCUUCAAAAGGCUGUUUGAAAAACAAUAGACUGUCAGUCAUUCAUUCAGGCAGAGAGUAGAGACUAAUCUGAUUACAGCUAAACACACUGCAGACUGGUAAAUAAAAAUAAUAAAGUAGAAUACCGUUCUGUAUAAUCAAAAUACAAUUGUUUUCUGUGUGGCCGUCAAUGUUACUGGUCCCGGAGCUUUUAGAUAUAAUGUAAUAUAUCUCCUUUAUUUCUGCACUCCUGCGUUUCAUGCUUUGUGAGAAUAUUUAAUACAUACGGACAGAAAGAUACACGAACGCACAGCCCCAUAUGUGUUACACGACUGGAGAAAAUUACAUUUUAAAACCAAAAACCGCCAAAAUGACUGCUGCGAGGCUUCUAGUGUUAAUAACAGUCAAAGUUGUUAUAAUAGUGGAAAACACUAGUAGAGGCUUUGAGUAAAUUGUUGAUGCUCAUAACAAACCGAUAUAUAUUGUAACUCCUGAAUGUGUCUAAGACUUUUGCACAGUAGUGUAUAAUGGAAAUUUUAUUCUUAAUACAAGGGCGGUAAAAGGCGACUGAACAUGUAUCUGGGUAACGGAUAUCCAAGUGCUGAUUGUAGUACAGUAUGGUGUAAUUGGAGCUACGGCAGGAUAUCUAUAAGAAUUAUUGCACAAACAGCAUACAUACCCAAAAUGUUUAACACAUUUGUUUUUACACGAUACAGUAAUAGGUCUUCCACUUUAACUUAUUAUGGACAUUCUUAACACAACCACUUUUCUUCUUAUCAUCUUUUGAGUUUUUAAUCCCAGAUGUUUGCCUUCUCCUGAUCUGCCUUGCUUAAAGAUUAAUUAGCUUAGUGUCAUUUUAAUUUUUUUUUUAUUUUAAUGGUGUUUGUUUUAUGGAGUGGAUUUCUAAGUUCUGGCUGAACAGCCUUCCCCAUUCUGUUCAAAUCAUGUGACAUUAUGACCUUUCAACCCUACCAGCCCCACCUAUAGUCAGAGAGCAGACUGGGGAUAUCCUCUGGCAUUUCUCCAGUGUCUAAUUCACCUGGCUAAGUUAAGUGCCUGUCCGAUACAUCUAAGGAAAGCAUGAUGUAAUAUUAAAAAGAAAAAGAUAAAUGCAUUAUUUUUACUUAACAAAAAAGCUAUCUUGUGAAGUAUUACUGAAAUGAAAAUGAAAAAAUAGGUGUGUUACACUGAAAUAAGAUGUUUGUCAUUUGUAAUUCAUGUUGAUCUUCUGUACAAACCAGAAGCUCACAGUAGUUCAAAUUCAGAAUAAAUAAGAAUGUGUAAUGAGCAGGGGUGAAAUUCUCAACAUAAAAGUGCAAGUACUCAUAUGCACAGCCGGAUGUAAACAUUUUAAAAAUGAAGACAAUUUGAGUGCCAAUGAAUAAAUACUUUUAAAAUGUAUACAUAUCGGUACUCGGUACAUUUAUGAAUACAGAAUAAGCCUUACAGUAUUACUCAGUCAUAUACUGUAAUAUAACAUUUAAGUUAAACCUUAAAUGACAAGCAUUAAGAAAUAUUACACUACUGCUGUAGAGAGGGAGUUUUGUUUCAAAAAAUCCUAAAAAAGGGAUGAUGUUAUAAAAAAUUGUAUAAACAACUAACGAAAAUAAUUAUUAAAAAAAUAAGUCCCCUAUUUAUAUCCUCGCUCAUGACCCCUAGGUUAACGAGCGCAUCCACUCCUCCAAUCCUCGGAUGCCACACCGUUUACCGUCUGGGUCAUUGAGUUUGGAUACCGUAGCUGCGCCCCUUUCCUAAAUGACCAACUUCCACCUACCCUACGGAAUAAAUUGUCGUGCCAUUUAGUUAAGGGUACUCUGUUCCCGUUACACAGUGCCCUCACAGGUCAAGAGGGAGAUCUAACACCAAGCACCAUUCGAUCUCUGUUUACGAUCUCUGUUUUCACGUUGCACUGCUAAGGUCUUGUUGAUCAACAAAUGAGCACUGACACAAAGCGAAAUGGGCGGAGAUUAGUGACUCAUGCCAAAAUGAAAUGUGAUCAGAAUGAAAGCUCAGCCAAUCAACAUGCAGUGAUUAUACUGACGUUAAUGGUGGCCAAUAGCAGCUAACAGAAACAGAAGUAGUACAGGACACAGAAUGCAAGCAACUGAACUGUGCUGAAUGAAAGCACAUUUGAGAAAUGUUGCGCUAGUGGACUGUGAGUGGAUAGAAUGCAAAUUCAGAUUAAGCAAGUCCUGGUACCCAGUACCGGUGUCGUAGGAAAUAAGUUGACCGGGAAAUAAAUUGAUCGCGCAAGCGCAGUAAAGCAAAAGUAAGGCGGGGCAACAGUUUGAUUAAAGGGGAGGUUCACUGCAUGGCUUUUUAUUUUUAUCUGGCCGUUGUAUUUACGAGACUGUGUAUGUUGGUGCGUGUUCGUGCCACUGUCUUUUCGUAUGAACUUUAAAAUGUGUGAUCGACGUCUAAUUCUAUGUUAAACUGUUUUAAACCUCUGUCUUUUUAUGUUUCUAUAACAUCGAUGUCAAUCUGAUGUAGUUUAUGUGUGAUCGCGGAGAUUUAUUUAUAUAUUAAAUGAUUUUACACGUCAAAAUGUUGUCAAUCUUUAAUCGAAAUUAAAAUGUUUCAGUAAUAUAAUGACAUGCUGCAUCCAUAAUAUUAUUAGCAGGGCAAGUCGUAUUUUAUACAUUUUAAUAUUAGUAUAGCUGUAACCUCAUUACCUGCUGUCCAUACUGUAGUGCUUCCCAAAACAAAAACACCUCCAGAAAUGCAAAAUAACGUUAAUAUGUAACACAUUUUGCUAGUUAACGUUUGUUACACAAACAGAAAUACACAAUCAGAAAUGUACAAUCAUACAAUUCAUUUUAAAUUAUUUAUUUGCUGCUAAUAUAUAUUACAGUGAUAUUCACAUCAUCUUAUCUAGCAGCAUACUGCCGAAUAAAUCCAAUCUACUAAUUUAUAUAAAUUAUACUUACAAAAUUAAUUUUAAAUUAUUUAUUGUUCAUUAAUAUAUCCGAUCAACUUAUUUCCUGGCUGGAUCUACUUAUUUCCUAACCUAGGCUCAUUUACAUUAGAAACAAUGGAACCUCCCCUUUAAAUUCUAGAGCUUGAUCAACUUAUUUCCAGAUCAACUUAUUUCCUGGGACACCGGCAUUAAAAUAAGUCCCGGUACUGUGUACCGGCAGAAUUUCACCCCUGGUAAUAAGGAUAAAUACUAUGUGAUACGUGUUUUUAAGAGGUAUACAAUAUUACUAUAUCGAGUAUAACAUUUGUAAAUUGUGGGUCUGAAUGUAAAAAAGAAAAUGCAAUCUUUUUUUUUUUUUUGAUGUAUGUGUUUGUGGGGCAAAAAUACAGUUCACUUUUUUUUUUAUUGCUGAAUAAAUUUGA